AAACUUUUAGCAGGAGAAGAUGGACGUCUUUCAGAAGCUAGAAAUCAUUAUGUUAAUGUUAAACUUGAGGACAGAAACAACCCAUACCUCAAGGUUGUAGGCAACAGAGUGAGAGAGGCCCAGAUAGAAUUUCCUGAUGGAGACAUGGUUACCUGUGUCACAGCUAUCAAAGGAACAUCUGGCUUCUCUUCUGGAAAACACUACUGGGAGGUUUCUAUGAGGAUAGAUGAGAAGCUAGGCAUCAAACAGUCCUGGUGGGUAGGAGUUACAAGUGCAGCUGAAAUCCCCAGUAAUUCAUCCACAUCUUUUCCAAACACAUCUAAUGGUUUCUGGUUUCUGUCUUCGUCUCCCAAAAGAGCAAAUAGUUUUCAGUUUAGCACACAACCUGAGAUUUCAAUACCUUUCCAUUCAAGACCAGAGACGGUCGGUGUGUAUUUGGAUCGUGACAGUGGUGAGCUUUCAUUUUAUAAUGUAGAAGAGAAAACACUAAUUGGAUCUUUCACGGCUACAUUCAAAGGUGACAUCUUUCCAUUAUUUAACCCCGGGAAAGGUGACAAAUCACCUAUGGUGGUAGUACACAGGGAAGUACAGAGUCAAACAGGUGAUGAAGGAAACUGUGCAGAAUCAGUUGAGAACAAGACUGAAACUUAAUAUUGUAAGUAAGGAAAACUGUACAAGCUGAAACAUUUUCUUUGUUUUUAUGGGAAAAGUAACGAAUGACCUCACAUUACUUUUAUACUGACUUACUGAGACCUUUAAAUCCAUCAAUUCUGUCUCAUGUUCAGGUUAUUUAUACCGUUUAAAAAUUUGGAGGUCAUAUUAACUCAAACUCCAUGGCAGCAUCAUUUUAUGUAAAUACAAUUGAAACUAUGAAUUUCUUGGUUAUGGUUAAAAAGUUAAUUAAUGUCUC